AUGACGGCAAGUUGUCUGCCUUGCCGAUCACAUUUCACUCGGAUCUGGGUCGUGAUAGAGGCAGCGGAAUGCACGGCAAGGAACGGCAACACUGCCAGCCAGCCUGGCAAGGCAGGUAUGCAACCAUGGCGGAGCGGGGAAAAGGCUGGGGUUGACAUGAUUGGAGCACGUGUAACCGGGGCGGCAUCUCCAAGUUUCGUGGUGCAGAUACCAUGUACCGGGUAG